AUGAGCAGACUUAGUACGGAAAGAGCUCGAGAAAUAGUGAAUGGAAUUCGAGAGUUGAAUGGAGGCCUCAGUGCUGAAGAUCGGCGAAAUACUUCUGAAAGCGUGCUGAGAGUACUGGAGAACGUUCUCCGCCAACUAGGCUCGUCUACUCGCACGAUCGCGAAUGGUCUCUAUUCUAGCGAGUCAAGGUUUGUGCUUGAGCUCAUUCAAAAUGCGGAGGAUAAUUCAUACGAGCAUAUACGCGAUGGUGCUCCAUUUAUCAAGUUCACUCUCAUGCCCGGAAAAAUUGUUGUUGAAAAUAACGAGGACGGCUUUAACGAGGCAGACGUUCGCUCGAUCUGCAAAGUCAACGAUAGCACCAAAGUGAAUCGACUAGGUUAUAUUGGCGAAAAGGGAAUAGGGUUCAAAUCCGUCUUUCAAGUAGCUCAAAAGGUUCAAAUUCAAUCGGGUCCGUUCAACUUUUCUUUUGAACAUCGUCCAGAGGACUCCGGAAUGGGCAUGAUAACUCCUAUGAACGAAAAAGACACGCCUACCUUCUAUAAUGGAACUCGAAUUACUUUGUCUCUUCUUCAUUUUGAUGAAUUCGAUAAAAGGGAGAAUGAUCUUUUCAGUAUCCCGGACGCACUUAUUCUUUUUCUUCCUAAGCUCCAGCGGAUCGAGCUUUUGGUUCAGAGAGAAGACAAUUCUUCUUGUAAAAUCAGCUACGAAUGUGAGGAUAGUAGUGACAAUUCUACUAUAAAUCUCAUAAAAAACAUAGACGGAGAAAUUUCUGUGAAGUUCUUUCAUGUUGAAAGAAGGACUUUUUAUCGUCUUCCCUCAGAUAAUGCUCGAAGGAACAGGAACGGGGCGGAAGUAACCCUUGCCUUUCCAAUUACUGACGAUUCAAGGCCCAUAAUUGAGCCUCAGCGAGUUUUUUCAUUUCUUCCUAUUCGAGAUUUUGGCUUCAAAUUCAUUAUCCAGUCUGAUUUUAUUACUGCUGCGAGCAGAGAAGACAUACGUUCGUGCCUUUGGAACUCUGCUCUCCUGAAGCAUGUUUCCACAGUCUUCCUCAGUGCAGUCAAUAAAUUCUGCACCUACCCAAUACUUCAAUACGAUUGGCUCUGCUUUCUUCCAGGUCCUGAUAUUACCCAUGAGUUCUGGAAUAGGCUUCAUGAUAUGAUAAUAACGCUCUUGAGAGAUUAUCCUAUUCUUCUGACCCGUGGAGGGGUCAAUAAAUCGCCCGCUCAGUUGGUACUACUCUCUAAUAUGCAUUGUGACAGGCAUGGCGAGCCUUUAUUCAAGGAUCUCCGGCAGGAGGCUUACCUGUCAGCCCAGUAUCGUCCUGCGCAUAUUGGAUAUUUGCGGGCUUUGGGUGUAAGAGACAUAACGUGGGAAACUCUAAUUCCAAGAUUAGAGCCAUACUUGCAAGGGGAAGAUCCACAAUUCCUUCAUGAGGAUCAAGACGAAGAUUGGCAUACACGCGUAGCGAGUUUGUUGAUGCGAGGACUAGAAAGCUCUAGCGCGCGGAGUAUUCGAAACAGAAUAAGAGAGUUACCAUUGAUCCCCUUGCGAGAUGGAUCUCUCUCUAACAACCUUCAGAAGAAAAUAUAUUUCCCUACCGAUAUGUUUGGAAACCAUAUCCCCGCUGACUUACGCCUGAAAGUUGUGGAUGAAAAUGCACUUGAAGAUUGUAAUCGGAAGUCGCUAUAUGAAAUUCUUGGAGUAGAGAAAUGUGAUCCUUCCCUUGUCCAAGACCGGAUUUCGAAAAGAUACAACCCGCCACGAGAUAUCAACCUUUCAAAAUCUAUUGCUCAUUUAAAAUAUCUCUAUCAGACACUCCCUGAUGACAAGGAAUUGAACAAUUGCAUUUUUGUGAUGAGUCAGAGUAUGGUUCCCAUAUACCGGAUACUCGUGCCUUUUGGACGUCCCAUAACAGUUGAUGAUCUCUAUUUCGAUACAUCGGGUGAAUUUGGCACUAGGCAUUUAGCAAUGGAGCUCCAAUCCGAUGAGGGACUGUCCGGUAUUCACCUUCUACAUGACGCCUACCUUGAGGCCGUUUCUUCACAUGAAGAACUCGAAAAUCGACCGUGGAAACGGUGGUUAAAAAAGAAAGCGCUAAUCCGGAGAGUCCCCAGGUUAGGACGCAAAUCCUCAUCUAGAAUUUCUCAUCUUUUUACCAGAAUCAUCAAUUACAAACCUCAACUUCUAGUGGGAACUCUCAAAAGAUACUGGAGUAGUUACGAAGACGAGAAAACCCAGCCUAUCGUGGAGACCAUUAGAAAUGCUGAGGUUCCAUGUAUUGACACCGAUACUCAAAGUCCUCUCAAAGCUACUUAUCUGCCCACCUUACAAUUAACAGCAAUAUGUAAUCAAGCGUGCCUUCGUGGUUAUUUCAACCUAUUCCUCCAUCUAAGUACAUCUUCUGGGGUGACGGAGACACCUGCUGGGUAUGAGUUUCUUGAAGAAUUCGGCGUUGGAACAAAACCAGAUUUGAAUUUCUUUAGUGAUAUUCUCUCUGCUCUGACUGAGAAUAUUACUGGACAAGACUUGAAAACGGGUCUUUUCUACAUAUAUGAGCAGAUUUUCGAGGAAUUUCACGCGAAUGAUGGGGAACGGAUCAGCGAAAUACUUGAUGAAUUAUCAGCCGUCUGCAUCCCCAGACGCAUAGUUCAGACCACAACUUUAGAAAAUUGUGUCUGGAAUGGGUUGCCCUCCUUGCACGUCAAAGACUGCCUCUCACAAUAUGCAGAGUACGCUGAAAACGCCAGAGUCCGAUUUCUUUUCCAAGAUAUUCUGGAUUUGAGAGAUGCAGACUGUAGAACCUAUCUAGACGAGCUGAAGUAUCUCCAGCGUACCACACCUGCUGGGCAAUUAUCUUUUGAUAAUAUAUGCGCGAUAUAUGCUGAGUUCCUGACUGCCACAGAGAAUGAUGAAGACUGGGAAUUUGUCCGGAAUGAAUUUGAGGAGCACGAAUUGAUAUAUAUACCUACAGAACAAAACGAAGCUUGGGUUGCACCUACAUCAUGUGUCUGGACAGAAGCUUCUAAUGUUGGCAGGCAGUAUGGAAUUGAAGCCAUAUACUCCAACUUAGCAAAUCUAUUCACGGAGAACCUCCAUAUCCAAACGCCAACGAUAGCAACUUAUGUUGAGCAGUUAGAACUUCUUGCUGCCCAAGAUUCCCCUUCCGUAGCCGAAAUCAAACACACCAUCAAUUGCAUCAACGAAUUAAGCCCAACACGGAAUAGUUUAAAGGGCCUGAGACAAUUGAUAUGCUUACCAGUUCAUAUCUCAGGAGCAGAAAUCAGGUUAAUGAGACCCUCUGAUGUUUUCUUUGUCGCAGAUAGAAGGGAGUAUGAAAAGUUAUUCCGAGAAAAGGUCCCUGUCCUGGACUUUUCACUCGAAGAGAUACACGCUAUAUAUCCCUUCUUGACUGCUUUGCGACUUACAGACCGAUAUAUGUCUGUGGUAGUGCAAGAAACUACCAUGGUUCGACGGCGAUCAGAGAGUCCCUCGACCAGUCUCAGCCAAGUCUUCCGAGCCAAGUCAAAAGCGUUUUUUCGGUGUGCUCUGCAUUAUCGAAGCUCGAAAGUUCAAACUAAUGGCCAGGAAGUAUACCAUAAGUUCCGGCAAGCCUUGAUCUACGAAAGUGACGGGUUCACAAAACACCUUCGGCUAUCUUAUGGUGACCUCACAGUAAAUGCGGUCAGUGACCGAGGUAUAUUCCAUCUCGAAGAUGUACAUGGUACAUUAAUUCUAUUUGUACCGAGAGACGACAAACAAAGAGAGAAAUGCUACCUGACUCAAUUACCGAAUGCGUUAGAACGCUAUCUUCUCAUUGAUAAUCCUGGAGCUUCGAAAGUUUUCUUACUAGUCAUUCAGGCCUCUCGUCAUGUUUUGGAUGACGUUUUGGACGAAGACGGGAUUGUUAGGAUUCCAGAGAGUGAUUUGAGAUCUUUUGAGCGGGCAGUGGAGAGAGACUCUCUUGGGGAGGAAAUUUAUGUCGACAUUUCCAUUGAGCGACCAGACAGCUCCAGCGACACUACUUAUGAGUCAGUGUCAGAAGAACCUAUCAAUAACCGUCCAAAUAGGUCACCUUCUACAUCUUUCUCUGUAUCGAACGAAAUCCAGUCGAUCACAUCACAUUCUAGAUCAUCGUCUUCGUACGUAGCCGUUGAUCGAGCUGAACUGCUGCCCGAACCAGCAUCAUUGACAGCUGGUCGACAUAGCGACGGCCUUCAAAAUGACCCUCUAGCAUCCUUGACACAAGCAUCAACAUAUGUACGGAUACUUGAUACAGUCAUUGUAAAAGCACGGCGAACUCGCAUUCCAUCUUUCUAUGCCCGGAUUGGCACAUCAUCUGCGGCAGCCGGCAUAUCGCGUGAAGAACAUGUUUCUGCGUUUGGGGUCAGAUCUCAAAAUCAGUUAGCACAUGACAUCAAAAUCGGCGCAGCCGGUGAAUUGUUUGUUUUCGAGAUGCUGCUUAAUAUGGGUUUACCUGGAUUUGGCCGAGAUAACUGGAAGAGCAACAUUCGAAAAGAAGUCUGCGUUCACCCAGCGUAUCACAACCUCGCCCCAUGGAAUGAAGCAGAAGUGUCGGACAUAAGCUAUAAGGACUCUGCGUCUGUGCUGACCCGUAUUAUGAUUGACAACGGAUACCUACCAGGAAGUCGAUGGCAAGGUGCCACUCCUGAGUAUCUAAUAGAAGUGAAAUCUACUACCGGGGCCUGGGAGAGUGCUUUCUUCAUGAGCAAGAGCCAAUAUAGGCGGAUGCAAUCCCACAAGCUCAACCCUAGACUGACGGUGCCUGAAAGUACUAUUUACGUUAUCUUUCGAGUUUACAAUCUUGGAAAGGAGAAUAUGCACUUGCGCGUAUAUGUAGACCCUGAAUCGUUGCAACAGCAGAACUAUUUGAAGUUCACACCAGAGUCCUACAGGGUGACUGUUCCUACGAUGAAUGGUUAA